AACAAUGAAGAGCUAUGACAAGUUGACUGUUGAGGGGGUCAGUGCAAGUGGCACACAGACUCCUCACUCUGUUUGGGGGACCGCUGGGACUACGUCUGCAGUUACUUGUACAGUCUUAAACGGUCUUACAUACUCUAACCUCUCCUACAUACAGUGGCAGCUAGACGGUAAGACUAUCAGUGAGGAAGGAGUGACACUCAACAAGGACAACGAGAUAGUGAAGUUCACUCUGGCGGAGAAAGUCAGGACAGCAACGAAUGUUACGUCGAUAAUCUCCUUCACUCAUUCCCAGGCUGCCGUAGGGAGCCUUCAGUGCAAAGCUAUGUACAGUACAGGACAUGCAAUAAAGACACCUAGUAGCAACCUGAAUUUGAUAACACUAACCUUGAACGUUGAGUGGAUUAUGAUAACACCUUCUGACGGGGCUGUGGUUACUUUCUCUACUUGGUCAGAGUACAAACCUUCCACUACCAACGUGGAGUUUGCAACUGGUAUUAGCGAGAUUCAGACAAAAGUGGAAAAUACGACUGUCAAUAGUGAUGGGAUACUGUUCAAAGAAGUUGUUACAUUUUUUAGAUCAGGUUCAGCGACUGCAACAGUAAACGGCAAGGAGGACCUCUCAAAAAAGGAGUAUUUGUACAAAUACACUAUCAAUUCGAGGUUGCCUUCAGAAAUUUCGAUUACCGGAAAAAUCUUUCUAAUAGGACAGACAUUUGUUGACACCGCAACAAAGUGGGCAAUCUCCGGAGCAAGGCUCAAGCUCACUGCUUAUUUCACAGCCUCUAGCACAUCAAGUGUAACCGUUACCUGGCUGCAGCUAAAGGGCGUGAACAGCAACUGGAAAGAUCUCGGAACAGGUGCCGGCUACCAUAACGUCCUCUCAAAGUUAGACGAUCGCAGUGUCAUGUCUGCAACCCUGGUCAUUGAUAAGAUAAAGACAUCCGAUAUUACAGCAUACAAGGCUCGGAUUGAAAUGUUUGGUUUCGAAGUGACGACGGGUUUGAUCACUUUGAAAGCUGUCUCAGCCAAUGUGCCAGCGGUCGAUUCUGACUUUGAGGGCAAAUCUGCAUUCUUUCAUGUAGCGUUGAUAUUUGGACCCGAACCAUUAAGUGUAAUGUUAGUUCAUGAACAGAGUGGUAAAGAAGUGUCGGUGAAUUUACCGAGUAUGUCCUCACGUCCUCUUGAAGUGAACCAUGAGAUGAAGAAAGCAUUUUCCUGUGAUGAUGGGUCCUACUACUUCAAAUUUACGUUCGAGAAUGGCCAACAAUACACAACAAGCAAAGUGAAACUUGCGAUGAAGAGGAGGUGUAGACCCCUCACUAAACCACCAAACACAGUACUUACAAAGGAGAAAGUGGCCGGCUCAAGCGACUACACGUUCAAAGUUACCUGUGCUGAUGAUGAUCCGACCUAUGUGAUAAUGAACGAGGAUAGAACUGAGGCCAGGUGCGAUACCACAACGGGAAGAUGGGAUCACACUGCUCUUACUCCCUGUUGCAGAACCAUCAGCCCAACGGAUGACUAGAUCGACACAAAUUGGGAAAAUAUUAUUCAUUUAUAUUUCAAUAAUGAGCGAUUGUUAAGAAUAAGACUAAAAUAUGAAUAAUCUAUCAAUGUUCCUAAAUCAUGACUGUUGCUUUAACAAUGUUGAAUGUUUUGAUUUCAUUUGAUGAUAGCUGCCUUUUAUUUACUAUUAUUUCAUUUUUUUUGUUUUGUGUUAACUUUAUUCUGACCACAGUUUUUUUUUCCCGUUCUUUUUUCUGUUACCUGAACAGUCUGAAGUUUUGUUUUUUGUAGUUUUCCCUGUGAAGAUUUGACAUUUAUAGAUGUAAAAGUAUUAUAAUUUGCAAAUAAAUUCUUGAAUAA